AUGAACGUCUCAACGAAGGAGAAGCUGCCCCAGUACUACCAUCCCAACCCAACAGCGAUCAAGACCCGGACGAUCUCAAACAGACUACUGCCGACCAUCAUCCUGUUCUCCGUCCUGCUCUCGCUGCCCAUCUUCCUCUUCUUCCACUACACCUGGAACCAGCCCCAUUCCAUCCACCCCACCAACCCCUUCCCGUCAACCAACCCGCUCCCAUCCAACAGCUUCCGUCACCCACACGAUGCUCACAUCGACGAUGCACUCCCGAAACUCGGCGACCUUAUCCCCUCUAAAGAUACCCUCAAGGGCGGCACUAUCAUGCCCAAGAUGGCUAACGCUACCGCUAAAGCCGAAUUGGGUCGGGCUACUUGGAAGUUUAUGCACACUAUGACAGCACGAUUCCCUGAAAACCCAACGCCCGAUGAACGCGAAGCCUUGAAAGCCUUCAUUUACCUCUUCUCUAGGCUAUAUCCCUGCGGAGAUUGUGCAAGACAUUUCCAAGAGUUGCUUAAACAAUAUCCCCCACAAACUUCAUCAAGAAACGUGGCCUCGUUGCAUCUGUGUUCCUUGCACAAUCUCGUCAACGAACGCCUGGGCAAACCCGAAUACAACUGCACCUCGCUCUUGGAAAACUACGAUUGUGGCUGCGGCCAUGACGAGAAAGAAGCUGGCAAAAAGCCUAACGAGUCGUUUCUUUCUAAUGUCCCUCUGAUGACUCCUGCUUUCUAA